UGCUUCAGCGUCGCUUGGCAGGACGGAUCGCGCGCCGAGCAGCGGUUCCUGCCCAGAGGCGGCGGCGGGUCGCCCAGGACCAGGCAGCCGGAGGCACUUGUUCUCACUCAGCAAAAGCCAUGGCACAGCAGCGCUGACCUGAAGUACCAUUUUGGUGCCACCCAGCAAUGGGUUGUGUGCAAUGCAAGAAGAAGUGGGUAAGCAAAAAUCAGAGCAAUGGCAGCGACGGGGCAGCCACCCAGCCUUCUGACCCCGAUCCCACUCAGCCGAACCCCUCCAACAACUUCACACGCAUCCCCGAUUUCAACAACUUCCCAGGGACACCGGGGCCUUCUACUCCUGCUUUCCUUCCAGGCUCUGGCCUCUACCCAACCCCAUCGCUGCAUACACAUGGAAUUGGGGUUGCAGGUGGAGGAGUGACCCUUUUCGUUGCCUUGUACGAUUAUGAAGCCAGGACCGAGGACGAUCUCACGUUUAUGAAGGGAGAGAAAUUCCACAUCAUCAACAAUACAGAGGGAGACUGGUGGGAGGCCAGGUCUCUGAGCACAGGAACGACGGGUUACAUUCCUAGCAAUUACGUGGCACCUGUGGACUCCAUCCAAGCAGAAGAGUGGUACUUUGGGAAAAUUGGCCGUAAAGAUGCAGAGAGGCAGCUCUUGUGCCAUGGCAGCCCCCGGGGAACCUUCCUCAUCCGUGAGAGUGAGACCACCAAAGGUGCCUAUUCUCUGUCUAUUCGCGACUGGGACGAGGUGAAAGGCGACCAUGUCAAGCACUAUAAGAUCCGGAAACUGGACAACGGAGGCUAUUACAUCACCACACGGGCUCAGUUUGAGACUGUGCAGCAGCUGGUCCAGCAUUACAUAGAGAGAGCUGCAGGGCUCUGCUGCCGCCUGGCUGUGCCCUGCCACAAGGGGAUGCCCAAGCUAGCAGACCUUUCCGUCAAAACCAAAGAUGUUUGGGAGAUCCCGCGUGAUUCACUGCAGCUCAUCAAGAAACUGGGCAACGGGCAGUUCGGGGAAGUGUGGAUGGGCACAUGGAAUGGAACGACCAAAGUGGCAGUGAAGACCCUGAAACCAGGGACCAUGUCUCCGGAAGCCUUCCUGGAAGAGGCACAGAUCAUGAAGCGCCUGAGGCAUGACAAGCUGGUGCAACUAUAUGCGGUGGUGUCUGAGGAGCCCAUCUAUAUCGUCACUGAGUUCAUGAGCCAAGGGAGUUUGUUGGAUUUUUUAAAAGACGGAGACGGGCGCUUCCUGAAGCUACCGCAGCUGGUGGAUAUGGCAGCCCAGAUUGCAGCUGGAAUGGCCUACAUCGAACGGAUGAAUUACAUCCAUCGAGAUCUGCGGGCAGCCAACAUCCUGGUGGGGGACAAUUUGGUGUGUAAGAUUGCUGACUUUGGCUUGGCCCGACUCAUCGAGGACAAUGAAUACACAGCACGCCAAGGUGCCAAAUUUCCCAUCAAGUGGACAGCCCCUGAAGCAGCUCUUUACGGCAAGUUCACCAUCAAGUCAGAUGUGUGGUCCUUCGGCAUUCUCCUGACUGAGCUUGUGACCAAGGGCCGGGUACCGUACCCAGGCAUGAAUAACCGGGAGGUCCUGGAGCAGGUUGAACGAGGGUACCGCAUGCAGUGCCCAGGGAACUGCCCACUCUCGUUGCACGAGUUGAUGGUGCAGUGCUGGAAGAAGGAGCCUGAGGAGCGGCCCACCUUUGAAUACCUCCAGUCCUUUCUUGAAGACUAUUUUACUGCCACAGAGCCUCAGUAUCAGCCGGGUGACAACCAAUAAUGAUUGCCAGGGAUGUCAGCUGGAACUCUUGACCACAGGCAGCCCACUACGGCCCCCAGUGGGCCUGUGGCAACUUGGGACUGUCCAUACAAAGCAACAACGCCUUCCCACUCUAAAGUGUGUGUGGGGGGUGGCUCUCUUUUUGUACAACUGGGUUGAACUCCGAGG